CAAAUCUGGAUGUGCGAAUGUCAUACUCAUCAGCUGGAAUUACAGAAUUGAGGGCAUCUUCGAGUUUGUCCAUUUUAUUCACUUGCGGCACGCAAAUAGCUGGAGGCUUAGGCACUAUGCUUGGCUGCUGCUCAUUGCUAGCUUCGUUUGCUACUAGCCCAUGUUGCUCUUCUUCGUCCAGUUCCAUGACAGAUUCAGCUUCUUCAGAUAGCGCUGCAUAGGGAUUAUUUAGAAGUGCUACUGAAGGGGUAGUAACAGGUGUACAAUUUUGGCGGCCCUUGAAUGGGUGAUUUUUUGGAAUAGCUGGGUGUGUAUUUUUUUGAAUUGUUUUUGAGACUUUAUCAGCUCUUUUUUGCUUUUUACUAAUAGAGACCAUCGGCAUCUGAAAGGUACAAUCUUUUCCUUGGGAUACUUUUUUGGCUAAGCUUGAAGUAGACGCCUCAGCUCUCGAGAUGCUCGGUACUGAACAUAUGCUGCCAGUUACGGUAUUUGCCAUUGAGUAAUUCGCUGGACAUUUCCCUGUUGAAAAAGAUAGUGUGCUCGUGGUAAUAGUGCUUGUAGUCGUUGCGAUCAAGCUACUAUUGUAGUUAGGCGUUCCAAUUGCCUUAUAUAGGUCUUUAGCCAAGCUGGCACGCAAUUCUGCAGGUGCACCAGCUAUUUUCCUCAUCUUAUCAGUCGCUGAAAGCUUAUCACUAAGCUGGGAAUGAUCAGGUGAGUCUACGUCCAUUUUUUGGCACUUCACGAAAUUUGCUUGUUACAAAUUUGUGAUUGCCUAGCAUCAAGAAUUCUUGCUGCUAAGAAAAGUUGAGCUUUUGUUGCCCUUCGUUUGCGGCUGCGCGCAGGGCGAGGGCAAAAGCUUGCCCGCUGUACGACAGCUUACUUCGCUUACUGUUCUUUGUUGUUCUCGUGUUACCGACACCGCUACGCAGUGUCUAAAAAUAGAUUCUCGUGCGAGAUAAGCACACAGAAUGCACUUUGCGAUUAUUUAGAAACUUCAAUGCGCGACACGUCCGUCUUCGACGAAUGUAUCGAAAGAACUGAUAAAUAGAAAUAGAAAAUCCGUUUUAAUACCAACACGAAUAUGUUUUGCGCCGUCGAGGAGUGCAGGACCCGCCUGACGGGAAGAAGACAGAGCUCCUUCAGAUUUCCCAGCGAUUCAAAGAUGGCCUUCAGUGGACCCUCUUCUGCCGCCGAAUUGACGACAUAAAUACCCAGUGGAGCGCAUUUGCUUGGAGCACUUUGAAAUGGAGGAUUUCGAAAGGGAUUUGCGGCUGGAUCGGGGGGUCUGUGGAUAUCUGACGCCCCUCAAACUAAAGCCAGAAGCUGUGCCCAGCCUGCAAUCGCAUCAAGAUAUGGAUUUAGAAAUAGUUGAGGAGCAUUUGCUCCCACCAGAGACAAAGGAAGAAACUCGAAUGGUGCAAUACGAUAAAGAGCCUGCCAGGAACCAGCCAGAGGAGUCGGAGAGUGAUUACGAAUUUGAUGAACUGCCUGCGGAGGAGUGUCUGCAAGUACAGGUCGUGGACGCCGAUGGCUACCUUAAGGUCUUGGAGAAGGAAAACUCUGAACUGAAACGGGACAACUUAAUAAUGAAUCUGUCCAUCCAUACCAGCGAAAGGGACACGGAGAGACUGCAACGGCAGCUGAACAAAUCGAAUGAGCGCUAUGGACAACUCCUUACAAAUUUGGAGAGGAUCUUCUCCCCGGAGAAAAUCGAAAAGAUUCAGAAUGACAGGCGUAUCGUGUGGCCCAGGGCGGACCUAAUAGAAGCGCAUAAUCUGUAUGCGGCCAGCAGAAGUGUCUACAACAUGCUGCUGAGAAGGAACUAUCCAUUACCCUCUGAGCGGACAAUGCAGUAGUGGGAAGCCAGUGCGCGGAACCGAACCGCGAGCGCAACGAAGCAGACUGCCCAGCGGAGCGCAACAGAGCAGGUCAUGUCCCAUCUGUUCGAGGUCAUCGUUGCGACCAACCUGGAUCACAAUUACACCUAGCGUACACCCACCAUAUCCAUCGAUCCUGAUGUCAUAGAUAACACCAACUUGGAUUAAAAUUAUACAAAGGCAGAGUUCCCAUAAACAAGAUGCCACAUAGUAAGGUUUCGAUCGACUUUAAUCGAAGCUGCGAACACAUUCAAUUAUUUCGAUACAUCAAUGUGAGGUAUUUUUAUAAAUCAUCAGUUUAUGAAGAUUUGUGUUUUGUUAUGUUUUAAGAGGUGUUACCUCUCUAAAAGAUCUCUGCUCCAUUUCCCGUCGGACUUAUUCGAUUAAAUGUACAUAUAUACAUAUGUAUAAUAGGUUUAAUGAGACUAAGUUUUAUCAAAGCAUUAUUAUUCGAUACGCAAUAUAAUGCCUCUGUUCGAUCAACUUUGUUAUGUUCUCACAGGCCAUCGAUUAAGUUGUUGUUAAGUUGUUAUUAAA